GGCCGACACAGGCCGAGUAGUUACGAUUGCGAGUGUAUGUUGGGAACACAUGUGUACACUUCCCUCUACUUCUAAUUGUUUAUUAACAUGGCUAAUAGCUCUGCGUUUUGGGAGAGCGAGUUAUUUAGAACAUUUGCGUUUUAUGUGUCAGUAUUGUUAUUUAAAGUACUAUCCAACAACUUCACGACCGUGUAUUACAGAUCGAUCAGAAAGUGCUAUCGCGUUGAAGAGGACUCGAAGCUUGUGAAGGCCAAGCACCAAGCCGUGGAGCACCCGGAUGUUACCAGGGUUGUCAGGAUUCACGAGCAUGAUCUGGAGAAUAUCAUCCCGUUCAUCCUAAUUGGUUCCCUGUUCAUCCUUACUGGGCCCAGCUUGACACUCGCGACGUGGUACUUCCGCAUAUUCACUGGUGCCCGACUUGUGCAUACGAUCUCGUACCUGUUUGCCCUCCAACCUGCUCGUACAAUCGCCCAUGUUGUAGCUGUUGUUAUAUUGAAUCUGAUGGUAGUGAGCAAUAUAAAGUACUUCAUGUGAAAACAAUUAAUGAGGCGAUGUCCCUUUUUUGAUUCGAAACCUUUUUUCACCAUAAAAUAAACACCCACGCGAAACCUACCCGCUGGAUCCGGGUGCUCUGUUAUUUAAUUGGUCUGCUAAAUAUUAUAUUAACGUCAAUAUGUAGAAUCAUAAACUUUUUUAUGCACAAAGAAUGAGCAUAAUGACAUAAUUUUUUUUUUCGCAAAUGCUUGCAUGAUGUCCAUAGUUAUUUCAAAAUAAAUGUUGCAUGACUU